AUGGAUUAUAUUAUCAAUGGUACAUAUUUAAUGCUAGAGGGACAUGUGGAUUUAGAGCAUUACAGAUAUCUUUAUUUUAUAAUCACUCUCACUAUUAACAUAAUGAUUAUCUGCUUUAAUACUGUUAUUAUUUUUGUCAUAUACAAAAACGAAAAUUUACAUAAGCCAAUGUACAUUUUCAUUGCUGCUUUGCUUUGUAAUGCUCUCUUUGGGACGACUGCUAUUUAUCCCAAACUUCUCACUGAUUUAUUGUCUGAAAGGCAAAUAAUCUCUUUUGGAGCUUGUUUAUUUCAGGCAUUUUGCUUGUACACAUAUGGUGCAUCAGAGUUUACACUGUUAUCAGCUAUGGCAUACGACAGAUAUGUCUCUAUUUGUAGACCAUUACAUUAUACAACUAUUGUAAACAUGUCCACUGUCAGAAAGCUAAUUUUGUUAUCAUGGUGUUUGCCAUGUUGUGAAGUUGGAAUAGCUAUUAUACUAACAUCGCGCCUUCAGCUGUGUAGAUCUAAAUUAAACAGAAUAUACUGCGACAAUUACUCUAUUGUUAAAUUAAACUGUAUUGAAACCUUUGUUAAUAACUUAUUCGGAAUUAUAUUGUUCGGCAUUGCUGUAUUUCCUCAAGUGGUCUUUAUAAUGUAUUCAUAUGUCAGGAUACUUGCUGUGUGUUUAAAAAGUUCUAAACACUUCAAAAAAAAAGCUUUACAGACAUUAUCACCACACCUUCUUAUUUUCUUAUUCUUUUCUGUCAACGGAAGUUUUGAGAUGAUAAAUAAUAGACUAGACUCAAUGAAUAUUUCCCACAUUACAGCCAUGGUCAUGUCAAUUAUUCCUUUUGUAUUUAUGCCACUUAUUAAUCCUAUAAUAUAUGGAUUAAAACUGCAAGAAAUUAAAGAUAAUAUAAGGAAACUGAUUUUAUAA